UAGAAAAGUGUGAGCUCAAUCAACAGAGGUCUAGUCUACCCUACUGUCAGACCCAUUCUAACCAUAGAAAGAUCCCAGAACUCAUCACCACCUGAACCAUUAGUCACUUGAUCAUGACGCCCCAAUGUUCUCUGGACAGAUCAAUUUCCUUCUCAGUAGUUCAAAUGAAUUUAUUAUACAUAAAUUAUCACCCCAAGGCUACAUUUGAGGUGAGGGCCAUUUGAAGAGCUUUUCACACAUCAAGAUGUUCCCUCCAGACGUGUGGAAUUCUACGGACCUGAUGUGGUUCAAUGCGUCUGAGUUGAAUGCUUCUCUUGAGGACCCGGAGGAGGGGGACCACCCGUUCCUGACGGACGCCUGGCUGGUGCCUCUCUUCUUCGCCCUCAUCAUGCUGGUGGGGCUAAUUGGGAACUCGCUGGUCAUCUAUGUCAUCUCCAAACACAGGCAGAUGAGGACGGCCACCAACUUCUACAUAGCUAACCUGGCUGCCACAGACAUCAUCUUCCUGGUGUGUUGUGUCCCGUUCACAGCCACUCUCUACCCGCUCCCUGGAUGGAUAUUUGGGAACUUCAUGUGUAAAUGUGUUGCUUUUCUUCAGCAGGUGACUGUUCAGGCUACAUGCAUCACCCUCACUGCCAUUAGUGGGGAUCGCUGCUAUGUCACAGUGUACCCUCUAAAGUCCCUACGCCAUCGCACUCCACGAGUCGCCAUGAUCGUUAGCAUCUGUAUAUGGAUCGGUUCCUUCAUUCUAUCCACCCCGAUCUUCAUGUACCAGAGGAUUGAGGAGGGCUACUGGUAUGGACCGAGACACUACUGCAUGGAGAGGUUUCCCUCUAAGACCCUGGAGAGGGCUUUCAUCCUGUACCAGUUCAUAGCUGCCUACCUACUACCUGUCAUCACCAUCUCCUUCUGCUACACACUCAUGCUGAAGAGGGUGGGCCAGCCGUCAGUUGAGCCAGUAGACAAUAAUUACCAGGUCCACCUGUUGUCUGAGAGGACCGUCACACUGAGGAGUAAGAUCUCCAAGAUGGUGGUGGUGAUUGUCCUCCUAUUCACCAUCUGCUGGGGGCCUAUACAGCUCUUCGCCCUGUUCCAGUCCUUCUACCCCAAUUACAGGGUCAACUACGCCACCUAUAAGAUCAAGACCUGGGCUAACUGCAUGUCCUACGCUAACUCCUCCAUCAACCCAAUCGUUUACGGCUUCAUGGGAGACAGUUUCCGCAAGUCCUUCAAAAAGACUUUCCACUUCCUGUUCAAACACAAAGUGAGAGACAGCAGUGUCACGUCACGCACGGCUAAUGCAGAAAUCAAGUUAGUUGCUGCAGAGGAAGGCAACGACGAGGGGAAAUGAGCCUUGGGCUGAGUGAGCUGCUGGAGGGUCAAAGCUGAGUGAGCUGCGGAGGCAAAGCUGAGUGAGCUGCUGGGGGGCCAAAGCUGAGUGAGCUGCUGGGAAUCAGUUCACAUUGGCACACAAACAGAAAAACACAUGAUAGACUGCUGCGAAUGCACACUUUUCAGAAGGCAAUGACACCCUGCUGGGAGCAGCAUUUUAAAAUGGCAUUUGAUGUGUUGUUUGCUUGCAAUUCUACAAAAGCUGACUGAUCCUGCUCUGAUAUCACAGACAAUGAAAGGACAUUGUAAAAAAAAUAUAUAAUGUUCAACACCUAGGCAGACUGCUCAUAAUAAUAUGAAAAGAAUACAAUUAGAACAAAAAAAGUUAUUGGAAUUCACAUACAUGAUGUGAAAUCUAAUAGACACUAUGGUUACAAGAGCAGUCCAAGGUGACCUCAAAAUGGGUUUGUGGACAUUUUGUUAUCAGAUGUGCGCAGGUUGUUAACACGUUGUUAACACGUCGUUAUCAUUAACUCAUCUCAAAGCUGUGAAGUGAUUGCACCCGAUUUAUAUUUUUCAAUGGAGAGAUUUAUGAUGGUAGCUAGGAAUUUCACAUGAAUGGCGUUACCAACCACUCAGGAGUUAAAUUCCAGGCCAGUUCAAUGGGUGUACAGCCAACAGUGAUGUGUUGGAGCUUGCUCAGGUAGGGGCAUAGUCAAUGAGGCGUGGUGAGUGUUUACUUUACUACUAUGUUCCAGACACACACUUACACCUCCCUUUACACACAGUGCACAGGUGGCGGGGGCCAGCCCUAUCAGACUUUCACUGGCCAAGCCUACAUUCCCACAGCAUUAUCUUAUGCGACUUAGUCACCCGAUCGUUUCCUUUUCCUUUGACAGCGACGCUGUAAAAAUAGGAAACACAAUCUGUGACUGACUUGUCCUGACAGUGCCUCCUCCCAAUGUGCCGUGAAUGUCUGUCCUUGUUUGAAUUGCGGAUCGAAACAUCUAUACUGUUGGAAGUAUCUGUGUUCUAUCUGGCACUACUUUAGCGUUGACUUGAAAAGUUGACUUGAAAAAAGAAGAAAGUGUUUAGAAAGGUGGGAUGAUGAACAGAACUAAAGACCUUGGAAACAAUGGAAAACUUUGAACAGAUUUAGAUUGAAUUCUGUACAGAAUGUUUUACUGCAUACACACUUGAAUGCAGUUUAGUCCAUGUUAGAUUGUAACGCUCCCUGUGAAAACAUGUAUUCUCUUCAGGCAUUUCAGAUGUCUGCACAUUUUGUUUUGGUAAUCACUCCACUUAAGUGUUUUCGAAAAGCCUUUAUUAUAGACUUUCCCUACAGUAUUUGCAUUAUCUUCAUUUAUUAAUAAUAUAUUGAUCUUACCUUAAGCUCUAUGAAUCGUGUAACAUUCCCUGUAUUGUAAAUGCCUAACUACUGUAGGCCUACAUUAAUAUGUACAGUACUGUGGAUUUAACCACUGUGCUUGAUUAUUCAUUUACUUUUAAGCUUUUUUGUGUUUAAUCAGAAAUGUGAAAAGUACAUAUCAUUGCCUUUGUUACUAACACACAAUUGUACAUUAUUAUACUUUUUAUUUUUAUUAGAAAUGUUGCAGGAUAAAAUCUCUUCAUGCACCAUCUCCUUUUCAAGAGUGUCCCAAAAAAUAAAUACAUAUUAAUAAUAACAAUAAUUAGUCAUAUGUAAACUACUGUCUAUUAAUAAUAACAAUAAUAAUAAUAAUAAUGACAUAAUAAUAAUGCAUACAGACAUAUUUAUAUUUACAUUUGAAAAAGGGCUUUCUUAAAUUCACUGUGAUUUAAAUGCCCUGAUUUCUAUAGGUAAAUGAUUCCAGUCAGUUGGGUCUUUGUAUCUGAAAGAUCUUACUCUAACCUCAUGAUGUACCCUUGGAAUGUGUAAUGGCUGCUAUUGUCUAAAGGAGUAGUGUGAGUCUUGCAAAGUUAGGUGUUCCUACAGGGAAAUGUAAACGGAUACAUUUAAAAUGAAAUUGGUAUCAAUGCAGUUGUCUUCUGUUUGGGAGUGACAGACAAUUUACUGAUUCAUACGCGCUGUGUCUUAUAACGGCAUCCAAGAAUCAAUCUGCAAAGAUUGUUAUGAAUCGAAUUCACAGAGUAAUGUCUUGGUUGUGUUUUGACAGAUGAUGUUGCCAUAGUCUAAGAUAGGUAGCAGCAGUUGGGUUACUAAGGUCUUUCUAAUGGGUGCAGUAAAACAAAUAUUGUGUAGCAACCCAAGCGUAUAGAUCAUUGUUUUUCUAAUAUAAUCAAUAUGCUUUCCAAAAGAUAAUUCAGAAUCUUCAAAACCCAGAUAUUUCGAACAAUCAACACUUUCAAGCAUUGCUCCACCACUUGCGUGAAUUUUGAAAUGGCCAGCUGUGGAGUUAAUUCUUUGCCGUGUAUCAAACAGCAUGAUAUAGGACUUUGUUAUAUUUAAAACCACAUUUUUUGCUAAAAAAAAAACAUUUUUGUAAAGUGUUACUAGCAACUCUCCAAGAUGAUUUUAUCUGGAAAUGAUUUGAACCUGAUGUAUAGAGCACUCUAUCAUCAUCGCAUAAGUGAACAUGGGUAUACUGACGAAUUUGAGGCAAUUAAUGUAUGAAUAUACAGAAUUGUACAUUGGGGUGGCAGGUAGCCUAGUGGUUAGAGCGUUGUGCCAGUAACUGAAAGGUUGCUGAAUCGAAACCCUGAGCUGCCAAGGUAAAAAUCUGUUGUUUUGCCCCUGAACAAUGCAGUUUUCCCACUGUUCCCCGGUAGGCCGUCACUGUAAAUAAGAAUUUGUUCUUAACUGACUUGCCUAGUUAAGUAA